AUGGGCUGGGUCGGACAGAGUCUCAUCGUGACUGGCGCUGCCGCUUUCGGCUGGAUUCUUGCUCGGGCUUCCGCCGACCCACCCGAAGAUCCUCAGUUGCCCCGCUAUGCACCUCCCACGAGGCCACCUGUGCAACACUACGGCUCAACCGCAGAGACCGAUCGAUCCUAUGACGCUGCUCAGAUCUUCGACUUACAGGCGCAGGUCCGAGUAGGGCAGGACAGCAUCUCUGCGUUGAAAGCGAGGGUUCACUCCCUGUCGGUAGCACUGAGAGCCGCAGAGAGGGGUGAGGAAUUGAUGAUGCUGCGCGCAGACGUGAGAAACAGAGAGUCCGUUAUGGUUACACUUAACGCACAGCUAGAGACGUUGAGGAACCAAGCACGAGUCAAAGAAAAUGCCACAUCAGUUGCAGAGGCACAAGCUGCGCGGCUCUCAGUGGCGCUCGAGAGGACCAAUGCCGACGUGAGACGGCUAAGGGCGUUGUCGAUGGACACAAGAAACAGUGACGCCAUCAUCGUAUCGCUAGAGUCACAGUUAGAGGCAUUGCGGGCUCAAGUCCGAAGCAACGACACUACCAUAUCAACUCUCGAGUCCGAGAUCAUCUCCCUGGUGGCAACACUGCAGAGUCUUGGCAACGUCCAAUGCGACCGUUGUACCCCUCCCGCCAGUGUAGUAACGGAAAUGGCGCGAGGUAAAUGGUUUCGUCGGCAGGCUGAUACGCUCAAUGAGGAGGCUGGCAAGCUUUUUUUCAACGCUCAUAAUCCUGAACUCGUUGGAGCACGGGCGAGGCUACGGAAUGAAAUGCGCAUCGACUUGCAUCAUCAAUUCCGCGCCGCUGCUGUCGAGUAUGUCACGAAAUACGCUACUUCGGCACGCGAUCAAGGAUUCGAUAAGCUCAUCUUCAUCGUUGGAAGAGGACUUCAUUCUGAAGACAAUGUACCGAAGCUUCGACCAUUAGUCCUGGAAACGCUCCGGAGUAUGGACAUGGAAGCUCAUUCACCACGGAGUAAUCCAGGAGAGAUAAUAGUCAAACUGCAAACGAGGGUAGAAUAG